AUGAAUCCAGGUCUGUCAGAGCGCUUCAAAAGCGGUCGCCGCCAUCCAAACACUCGCAAUGCCCCGGAAAAUGCUUUUGACGAUAGCCCAGGUCCCACUCUCACUUUAGACAUUCGUGACUACAACGCAAAACAAGAACAGAUCCAGUCCACUUCAGACAAAGAUGCCUGGCUUUCCCAGCCUGAGAUCCCGACAAAACAGGAACUAGCAGUCGGAGAAGCCAGUCUCCUUCCGAACAAGAUUGACAGCCCAUACAAGAGCAAGGACAGAUACCUCAAAACUCACUAUGCACUACUUCGGGAGGAUGCUCUCGGUUCCCUUCGCGAUGCUCUCCAAGACUUCUGCCAGGAUCCCACGACUGGUGACACUGUGAAGUUCUCAGUAUACGACCAAGUCCACAUUGUUGGGUUUACUUUUACGCGACGAGGUGUUGCUGCCAGAAUCCAAUUUUCAGCGCAUCGGGCAGGAAGACGCAUCAAGUGGGCCAACAGCAAAAGACUUGUCAGUGGCAGUAUUAUCGCUCUCCUACCCGCAAAAACCAAAGUCAUAGAUUUGAAUGACAUGGUUGUGGCCGUCGUCGCAGCAAGGCCAUUGGCAGGGGUGAUGUGUGAGCCCCCAGAGAUCGACAUCUACUUCGGUCAGCCUGAAGAUAUUCAACUCGACCCACAGAAAGAGUGGCUCAUGAUCGAAGCAAAGCAAGGAUACUUCGAAGCUUACCGUCACACAUUGAAGGCAUUGCAGAAGCUAAGCCAAGAGACAUUCCCCAUGUCUGAUCAUAUCUGCCAUCUUUCCCCUUCUGUCCUACCUCCUUCAUACGUCCAUGAAAAUCCCACUCUCGACCUGAGCGCGGCUGCAAUCCCGGCGCAGAAGCAAGAAUACUCCAAAGUCGACGUCACCAAAGAUUGGCCACCAGCGCCCACCGAUUCGCUAGACGACACGCAAUGGGAGGCUUUGAAAGAGAUUCUCACCCGGCGACUAGCUAUUGUCCAAGGGCCCCCUGGUACGGGAAAGACCUAUGUCUCGAGAGUUGCACUUGAGGUUUUGCAUGCCAAUCGAAAGACGGCUUCAGACCCACCAAUAAUCAUUGCUGCUCAGACGAAUCACGCUCUCGAUCAGCUUUUGGAACAUGUCUCGGUCUUUGAGCCUAAUUACAUUCGUUUGGGAGGCCGUUCUACCAAUUCGGAAGUCCAGAAGCGGGCUUUGUAUGCGAUUCGGAAGAUGGAGAGACUCAGACCUAUUCCAGGUGGCCUGCUCGGCAAAACCAACAACCUCUUGGUUAAACAAACAAACGCCAUGAUUGCGAUGUUGGAACCUUUUGUUAUGUCCGGUUCAGAUCCCUGGUCCACCGAUCAGGUGUCUGGCCCCAGGGUGCUCGAGAAACUGGGGGUAAUCAACGCGCAACAAGCUCAAUCACUCGAAGACGGUGCCUCGGAAUGGGUCUCAGCAACCCCCACAACAGAGGGCCCCAUACAUUUGUGGCUGGAUAAAGCACUCAUUCCAUUCGAAGUCAAGUACACAGAGGAGAAUUACGGCUUCGAGGAAGCUGAGGAUAACGAUCUCGAAUUUGAGCAGCUCAGAGAAAACGAAGACUCCACGGGAGUCAAUGACGAGGAGGACAUCGAGUUGCUCAAAGGCCCGUGGAAAGUACUUCACGACAGAUUCACUGUCCAAACUCCGUCAGCCGCAGAUCUUGCUAGAGCCGCAAAGUUACUGGACACUGUUUCGGACUUGUGGAAAAUUCCCAACUACUUCCGAGGCCCCGUUUACCAUAUCAUUCAGUCGCGAGCGAAGGACGCAAUUGCCGCCAAGUUCCGCGACGCAGCCGUGGUUUACAACAAACUCGUUAAAGACCAUCUUACUGGCAAAUGGGAACAAGAUAUCGUCUAUCUCCAACGAGCCUCGGUUGUUGGCAUGACCACGACUGGUUUGAGCAAAUACAGACCUCUCGUGGCAGCCCUUAAACCUAAGAUUAUCCUCAUCGAAGAGGCGGCCGAGGUGUUGGAGGCUCCUGUCACGGUCGCAUGCGUGGAGAGCCUCGAGCAUCUCAUCCUUGUGGGAGAUCAUCAACAGCUUCAGGGUCACUGCAGCGUCAAAGAACUAGAGGACAAACCUUUCUAUCUGAACGUGUCUCUAUUCGAGAGACUUGUCCGGAACAAUAUGCCAUUCAAAAUCCUACUCCACCAACGUCGAAUGAUGCCCGAAUUUCGCCGACUCAUCUCCGUCCUCUACCCGGAUUUGAAGGACCAUGCUAGUGUAGCCGACCGCCCGGUCGAGCCCUGGGGUAUGGGCACGCUCGCAUCCUUUUUCUUUGACCACGAAUGGUGGGAGGCGAAAGAUGAGUCCCUUUCGACGUAUAACUCGGAAGAAGCCAAAUUCAUUGCGGGGUUCUACCGCUACCUGUAUAGGAAUGGUGUCGACCCUGCUAGGAUCACCGUACUGACCUAUUACAACGGACAACGCAAGCGCAUUCUUACUGAGUUAAAGGCCUUCCCUGAGUUUUGGGCCCCUGGCCAGCUCAGUGUGAAGACGGUCGAUUCAUACCAGGGAGAAGAGAAUGACAUCGUCAUCCUGUCACUCGCCCGAAAUAACGAGGAAGGCAAAAUUGGCUUCUUGUCCAACGUCAACAGAACCUGUGUAGCUCUUUCACGUGCGAAAUACGGCUUUUACCUCUUCGGAAACGCUAAGAUUCUCACGAAUGGAAGUAACUUGUGGCACACUGUUCUCACACUGCUCGAAGAAAGUCCCAGACGCCGAGGUGAUGUUCUCCCCAUCCAGUGCAAACGCCAUCGCAGAACAACCUUGAUGAAAUAUCCAGCAGACUGGGAGAAUAACGAAGGGGGGCAGAAAAGUCAGACAAAGCGAGAGUCGUGCGACGCCGUGGAGAGGCGCAAUGAACCGAUGGCUCCAGAACCCAAACAGCUGAUAUCAACAGAGUAUAAUGCCAAAGACAAGAAGAUCACCAACGGUAUCAUGGAUGAUUUGAGAGAGUUUGAUGCUUAUUUCCGCAACCCUUGA